AUGAACGGAUGGAAGGUCAAACCGAGUAGACGAAGCAAAGUGGACGUGUUGAUAAACUCGCCUGCACAAAUAAAACUUUCCGAAGUUGAGGAUGAUCGAGACAGGAGUGGUAAAUUCUGUGUUAUCGAAAUAUGUGGGAAAGCCCGAUGGGUGGAGGAGGGAAGGUACUAUGACGUAUUCAGAAUAAAGCAAGAAGAAAAUAAAAGCAUUUACCUGAACAGAGUGUUUUUUUAUAGUACGAUGGAAGGGAAGCUGCUCUUCGGCACACCCUUUUUAGACAACGUAAGAAUCAAGGCAACAGUUAUGAAGCAUUUUCGAGGAAAUAAAAUUUACCGAUUGAAAUUUAAGCCGAAGAAAAAUUACAAAAGGUUUUAUGGACACAGACAAGAAAUGAGCAGAAUUUACAUAAACAAAUUUGAAAUAAAUAAUAACCUCAUGGAUAGGGAACAAAGGAAGUAUAACUUUUUUAGAGACGAUUCGAUCUACUACGUCUUGAAUCGUAUUCACAACAUGGUUAGGCCCAGCUUGGAAUUGAAGCAUUUAAAAAAACACUUUAUGGAUUAUUUGAACAAAUUUUGUAGCCUCAAGUUUGAAACAUUUUACAAACACAGGGGUAAUUACAAAAGGGAGAAAAUGCUUCGGAAUAUUUUGAAAACAAAAAAGCUCAGCAAACGGCCAGAAGUGCAGGAAGAGGUAAGGAAGAUCGAAGAGGAAAAGGAGAGUAGGCGUCUGAAUAAGUAUGAUCCCCUUGCUGACUUCGACCCGGUGGCCAAUGAGUGUUUCAUACGGGAGCACUUCUACGUGUGA